AUUGAAACAGCAUGAUACAGGCGUGGAGGAUACAUGCACCUAAGAAAAUGUGAUGCUAGAUAUGAUUGGCAAAGACAUUAUUAUAUCCUUGCUGUCCUGUCGUUUCGGGAUUACUAUGACGUCACGCUGAUACUGUUCCAUGGAUGAAUGCAAAAGAACUAUAGAGCAGAAAAUAAUACAACAAGCCGAGACUAUAUCUUGCAAGACUUACGUUAUGCGUUUAACCCUCCUUUGCUAAAAGCAAAAUAGGUAGGGUUUCUUUGUAUUUCUUUUUCCUUCUGAGGAUCAAAAAAACUCCAUAAAGCCCUGAAGUGCGUGCUAGAUAUCUGUAAUUUCUAAGUGCAAUCAUUUAUUAUUGAGUAAAAGGCCAAACGUGGGAAUGUGUGCGAGUAGGUGCAUUUGAAGUACAUUUUGGUUACAAUCGAUCAGCAGGAAAAAAAAAAAAUAUUGCCGAUGGUAACAAAAGGAGCAGCAAUGUCCUUCUCUCAGUUUGGAUAUCCUUACAACAGCACUUCGCAGUUUUUUGUGUCUGCAAACCCCAGCACGACUUGCUAUGAUUCAGCCUCCAGAUCUGUGCCCGAUGGCUCUUCUGGUACAGCCCACGCUGCAGCCGCUUUUUGUUGUCCGUCUUACGAGAACAGAUUGCUGGCUAGCACUCGAACUGAGCUCAACGCAGCUCUGGGCAUGUACAGCUCUCCCUAUGCAGCAGCCAGCCAGAACUAUGGCAACUAUUUCCCCUACAACACAGACCCGUCCACCCUCUAUUCAACACUGAACCCUCAGUACGACAUUAAGGAUGGUGCUGGAAGUUUGCACGCGGGGAUUGCGCAAUCUGCUGCCUGUUACCACUACGACCAGUCCCUGGGGCAGUACCAGUACGACAGAUAUGGCACCAUUGAUUUUAAUGGUUCAGCCAGGCGCAAAAACGCCACUCGGGAAACCACUAGCACACUCAAAACGUGGCUGUACGAGCACAAGAAAAACCCUUACCCCACCAAAGGGGAGAAGAUCAUGCUGGCCAUCAUCACCAAAAUGACUCUGACCCAAGUGUCCACCUGGUUCGCCAACGCCAGGAGGAGGCUGAAAAAGGAAAACAAAAUGACCUGGUCCCCAAAGAACAAACCUGGAGACGAGAGGAAAGAUGACCUUGAAAAGGGAGACAGGGAUGACUGUGACCUGGAAAGCCUAGAUAAAGAUUCGAAAGAAUGUAAAGAGAGUGAUUCAAGGCUGAGCGAUCUGGAUGACACAGAGGAUGAGGAAUGCUCAAAGCUAGACAGCGACUGUGAGAAAACACCUCACCAAGGCCAGAUUCUCCAGCGAGACAUGACGGCGGAGCCACAGAAAACGGACUGCAACUUGACUAUUACGCGCAAUCAUUUCCACGCGUUUUCAUGCAAUAAGAACGGGUCGUCUAUGGCGUCGGGUGUCUUAGAAAACGCAAUAACUAAACCGUCAAGCAUAGCACCAAACAAUGGCGUUGUUCCUCAUCAUUAUGAAACAUCAGACAAACCCAGAAUUUGGUCUUUAGCACGUACGGCAGCUGCCGGUGUUAUUUUGCGAACUCAUAACAGUGAUGAAAGGACUGUAAAUGCAGACGGUCAGCUCCAAGUAAGGCAUUCUAUGGUUAGUGGCGCACUGUGUAGCGAACUCAGGGCCCAACAAGAAGCGAGGAGCCGCUCUACCAAAGGGCAUGCUUUCGAGGACCUCCCACAGUCUAACAAGGUUUAUAGAACUUCCAUUUUUAACCAGAAGUCUCUCCAGUUGCAUUGUUCUUCGUUUCCCGUGUUGUCCGAUACGUGCCAAUAUUCGUCAGGAAUGGAAGGUUUUUCACAAAAUGUGAAAUCUGACCAAGGACCCACAGAACUCGGUGAAGAGUGUCUAAUACAACAGGAUGACAAAAUAACUGCAUUCAGGCCCGUGCUGAAGAGAUGAGGUUGGCUGAGAUCUGGGCAGUAAAAGGUGGAAAGUGUAUGUAACGCCUUCAAUUAUGCACUAAUGAUCUUCCGAGAUGUCGAGAGAUGGACUCCGCAACUACUAAACGAAUUGCCCAUGAACAUUGCCACAUUCUUUAACGAUUCCAACCCGACACUCCGGGAGCUCGAUGUAGCACUGGCAGCUUUGCACAAUUUCAUUUUAUGGUAUUGACUGUCAGGAGGUGUAAAUGAAGUGGAGGAUGCAAUCGGAUAGCAACUAAAACUAGAUACUUAUUUAUGCACUGUACAAUAAUUGUAGUUAGGUAAUACUUUGUUUCCUGUUGUAAAUCAACGUCUUCCUACCCCAUGUGGUCAUUUUAAGUGUUAUGUUAAAUAUCAGUGUUUUAAUGUGUUACUGUGUGUCAGAAUUUAAACGUGUAUUUGAUGUUUUAUCUUUAUUUUAACAUUAUGUUGUGUUUUUUCUUAUGUGUAUUCAAUGGGGGGUGGUAACGUGUCGAUUAUGUGACUUUGCAAAAGGAGUCUCUUGGUCAUGUAAAAUAACAUAUUUUAUAGAAUUAAAGAAAAGGAAAUGAAAAACAAACCUUGUUUUCCGAGCGAUGAUUCCCUCUUUAAUGUUCAGACAGCAGAUUUAUAUGUAGCAAGUUGAUCAAAGUUCAUGAGCUUGACUCGGCUCUCCAAAAAGGAACAUUGUUAGUACAUACACAAUUCAGUCAAGAGCAUUAAUGAACUUUACAAGGCAGAAAAGAAAGACGAUAGCGUUAGCAAAUUGUUUUUAUUUAAUGAGAAGUGGCAUCAAACACUUUCAUACUGUUCACACUAACAAACGAGGCAGGAAUGCGGGAUGAAUGCGUCUUUGUUUCCUGUGUCUGGGAGCCGUUGCAAUAAUUUAAUAAUUCUGGCAACUAAGGGGUCAUCUAUAGAUCAAACCAACAACACCCACCCUCGGGCUUCAUUUGAGUCCACGUUUACAAGAUCUAGUUUGUGGUCGGUCAAUAGAUCUGUCAUCAUCAUUAUUAUUAUUAUUAUUAUUAUUAUUAUUAUUAUUAUUAUAAAAAGGAAAUGCCAGCUUGUAUGAAUAUGCGCCAACUAAACCAAACGCAUGAAAAAUAAAUACAAACUCCAGCAACACAUUUUAAACACGUCUUGUUUUAUUUUUAUACUGUGCACUGCAAAGACACGUCACACAAUUUUGAUAACUUGUUUGUGUGCGUCUAAAGUAUAUUCUCAGACAUUAAAAUAAAGAUUAAGAUGUAUUUUUAAAUCUGUUGCAUAUAAAGAUUUUGUUCCAUUCUUAAAACUCUUUUUUUUGUUUUUGCAGUGUUGAAACUACCUUGCAGUCUUUAUUUAAAUGCAUAUGAUAAAAGGUAACCAGAGAUGGGUAUGAAUUGCAUUUUUUUACUCAUCACUCCUAGAAAACACACUCAAUGUGGGGAAUAAUGGGUUUACAAGAGAAUUAUAGCCUACAGGUAUUAUAAUUUGUCUUUUUGUUUAAAGGUGAACGCGACUAUUUUGUUAGAAAACAAAUAAUUAUAUAUUAAAUGUAAGUGGAAAACAAGACAGUGGCAGAUCUUAAUACCACCACACUAUACAUCCCGGUGGUGUUUUUGCCACACGUACUGUAUGUCCUACAAACAAUUAUUAAACAACUUAGGUUG